AUGGCAUCUGCAGUAGCGGCACAAGUUCAGUCCAACCCAGCUUCAGCUCCGCAGCUGCAGAGGGGAAUAGUGAAGAUGGUAGGAGAGCACAAGGGACACAAUCCUGAGCAGGCCAGACUGUGUGAUUUGGAGGACCAAGCCAAGGCUGCUAAAAAGGGUCUGUGGACUGAGGGUGGAGGCGCACACACCGUUCGAGAUUUGAAGUAUACCAUCGAGAACCCUCGCAACUUUGUGGACUCCAUCCACCAGAAACCAGUCAACGCCAUUAUUGAACAUGUGCGUGAUGGCUGCAUAGUACGGGCGCUGCUUCUGCCCGACUACUAUCUGGUGACAGUCAUGCUGUCUGGAAUCAAGUGCCCUACGUUUAAACGGGAGGCAGAUGGCAGCGAAACCAUUGAGCCUUUUUCAGCAGAGGCAAAGUUCUUCACGGAGUCACGACUUCUUCAGAGAGAUGUGCAGAUCAUUUUGGAGUCCUGUCCCAACCAAGUCAUUCUGGGGACCAUCUUGCACCCGAAUGGGAACAUCACAGAGUUGCUGUUGAAGGAAGGCUUUGCACGUUGUGUGGACUGGUCCAUGGCUGUGUACACCCAGGGUGCUGAGAAACUCAGAGCAGCAGAACGAUCAGCGAAAGAGCGUAAAGUGAGAAUCUGGAAGGACUAUGUAGCUCCCACAGCCAAUAUGGACCAGAAGGACAGACAGUUUGUAGCAAAGGAGAAGAACAAGGACAAAGACAAGCGUUUCCGUCCGCUCUAUGACAUUCCUUACAUGUUUGAGGCACGGGAAUUCUUGAGAAAGAAGCUCAUUGGCAAGAAGGUUAAUGUCACAGUCGAUUACAUCAGAGCUGCCACCAGUGCCAUGGAAACGGGUGGCGUCCCGGCUUUCCCAGAGCGCACCUGUGCUACAGUGACCAUUGGAGGAAUAAACAUUGCUGAGGCUCUGGUCAGUAAAGGUCUCGCCACAGUGAUCAGAUACCGUCAGGACGACGAUCAAAGAUCUUCCCAUUACGACGAGCUCUUGGCUGCAGAGGCAAGAGCGAUAAAGAAUGGCAAAGGACUUCAUAGCAAGAAAGAAGUGCCCAUUCACAGGGUGGCAGACAUUUCAGGGGAGACACAGAAGGCGAAACAGUUCUUGCCAUUCCUGCAGAGAGCGGGCCGCUCUGAGGCUGUGGUGGAGUACGUGUUCAGUGGCUCUAGACUCAAGCUCUACAUGCCCAAAGAAACAUGUCUCAUCACCUUCCUGCUCGCUGGUAUCGAGUGUCCCAGAGGGUCUCGAAACAUGCCAAGUGGGAUGCAGGUGGCAGAGCCGUACAGUGAGGAAGCCACGAUUUUCACCAAAGAGCUAGUUCUUCAGAGAGAGGUGGAAGUGGAGGUGGAGAGCAUGGAGUUUAGAGCUGCAUUAAACAAUGCCCUUCUGCACUUAAACAGAACCGGCCACAUCCAGAUUCCCGUCGGCCUGAACCGUGUGCCUACAAAACUACACAUCCACACCAUCAGAGAGCCUCGGCUCUGGGCCAAUUAUGAAGAGAAACCAAAAGAAGAGGUGGCUCAGCUCACAGAGGAGAAGGAACGUGUGGCGAAAUACCGAGCCGUCUAUGUCACCGAAAUCACAGAUGGACUGCACUUCUUCGCACAGGAUGUGGAAACCGGUACUAAGCUGGAGAGCCUGAUGGAGAGCAUGCGAGGAGAGAUAGCCGCCCAGCCUCCAGUAGAAGGAUCCUUUACCCCACGUAGAGGGGAUUUCUGCAUUGCAAAAUUUGGUGACGGAGAAUGGUACAGAGCUCGCAUUGAGAAAGUUGAAUCUCCAGCAAAGGUUCACGUUUACUACAUCGACUAUGGAAAUAGAGAGAUAUUAUCCUCCACACGUCUUGCAGCCCUUCCUCCAGCCUUCAGCACGCGUACGCUUCUUCCACAGGCUACAGAAUACACAUUUGCCUUCAUUCAGGUCCCACAGGAUGAAGACGCACGGACCGACGCCGUGGACAGUGUGGUCAGGGACAUUCAAAACACACAGUGUCUGCUGAAUGUUGAAUACAGUGGAAUUGUCUGCCCGCACGUCACGCUGCAGUUUGCUGACUCGAAAGAUGAUGUGGGUCUGGGUCUGGUGAAAGAAGGCCUUGUAAUGGUGGACGUACGGAAAGAGAAGCACCUCCAGAAAAUGGUAAGUGACAAACAUGCGCAUGCAUCUAAUACAAGAACCCAAAUA